AUGGUAAACCCACUCCUUCCGGAAAUGACAAAUGUACCUCCUGGAUGGAUCGGUCAAUUUGAUGAUGACAAUCGAGUUUACUUCCGUGGGCCUGCGGGUCAAUCGACUUAUGUUCAUCCUAUGUUGGGUGUGAUUCCAAAGCCUUGGCAUCUUAAGGUUGAUAGGUCUGUUUCAAAACCUUAUGAAUAUUACUACAACACGCAUACUAAGUUAAGAUCACGGGAUGAUCCGCGUUUCGAUGAAGAAGUGAUACACUCUCAACUUCUCGGAGUCUCUAGACUGGUUCGAGAAUCUGCGACUAUAACCAAAAAUUCUAUAGGAGCCCUCGAAAAUUCCCGACAUCAAAAUAUCUUAAAUGAGGACAUACGACAUCAGUAUAAAAUAGUGCAUACCAUCGACAGCGGUGACGGUGACAUAGGCGGCAUGAACGGAGGAGUGCAUGUGGUGCGACUUAAGGCCACGAGCAAGAUCUACGUUGAGAAGAGAUUUAAAAAAGAUUCGUUGGAAACACGACAAAAUGGAAAGCCUGGUCUCGGUGUAGUUGAAAUUCUGAUUACUCACAGGAUGAAGCAUGGUGGUCUGGCAAACUAUAUCAGCGCUUUCAUAGCUCCUGAUACGGUACACCCAACGAGCGCAUCCUUGUAUCUCGAGUUUUGCAAUCUAGGAUCUCUGGAUGACCUCAUCAAAUGUUAUUCCCAAUGUCUACACACAAAUGAGGCGGCUCGUAUACCCGAACGUUUUGCCUGGCACGCCAUAUCUGGACUCUGCGACGCUCUUUCCUAUCUUUGGGGUGGAAAGUCAUUUGUUACCAAUGAAAAGGACAGAGGGACUGGACCAGUAAAGGGCUGGAAAUCAAUCGUACAUCGCGAUAUGAAGCCUGAUAAUAUUCUCAUGCGGUCAAGAACGAGCCACGUAACUUCGAAUUAUCCUUAUCUGGUUAUAAGUGACUUUGGUAUGGCCACUGAUGAUCAUGACCGAAAUUCCGGAGCAUGCGGGACGAGACAUUUCUGGGCACCUGAACUCCUCUGGAAUCCUCCUGCAAGAAACAACCAACAGCUUGAGUCUUUUCCUCCAAAUCAAUACCAUACUCCUGAAAGCGAUCUCUAUUCACUUGGGGUUUGUAUAUACAAUCUCUGCAGGCCUACAAACGUGAAUUUGCAUGGUAUUCGAUGGCAGGGAGCAUUCUCACACUUCGACAUCGAAUCAUAUCCAGAAAAUUCCAAGGAAAAAGAUAUGUGGUGGCAGUCUCAAAUUUGUCGCAAAUUCGACCUGGACGUUGGCGCGUAUUACUCGGAUGGAUUGAGGGAGAUCAUCAGAAGAGCGACUUUUUGGAAGCCUAGCUAUAGAGGUGCCGCUCAUCAACUCGGAAAAACACUUGUUGCUACCGCAAUUGCUUCUGGCUAUGGGGACGAAGGCUUUGGUGAAAGUGAAGCGCUUCCGGAAUGGGCAAUCAAGAAACAUGACUAUCAUUCCAAAUGA